AUGGGAAAAUGGAGCGAACUCGGAUUAUCCACCCAGAACGCGACCAUCACCGCGGUGAGAGUCCCCACUGACAAAAGCUUCUUACAGUACUACGAUGAAAUUCAUAUUCCACUUUCAAUCUCUAUCUGUAUAUUCGGUGCUGCGUCAAACGUCUUCAACAUCAUCGUGCUCACCAGAAAACGGAUGCGAACGCCAAUCAACAUUCUGCUCACAGGACUCUCGAUUGCUCAAUGGCUACUAGCUACUAAUUACUUCCUGUAUUUAUUACUUGAAUAUUAUAGAUGCCAAUGCGUCCAAAUUCUAUGGUCCGAGGCUUUCACCAGAUACAGAUUCUUCAAUGUCAACUUAAACACUGUUUUUCAUACAAUAGCGUUCACGACAACAAUUGUAGUCGCUGUUUUUCGAUAUUGCGCUUUGAAGUUUCCAAUCCAAGCAAACCGAUUCAUCUACAAAUGUCAACCAGCCAUCGCAGCCAACGUUAUCAUCUGGAUCAUCAUCCCAAUCAUCAGUCUUCCAUUGUUCUUCAUAUCCGAGGUCAAAAUCGUGGCUCGUGAUCAUGUUGCCUACGAUUUACAAUGUGAGAUGGAAGGCCCCUUGUAUGAUCUCAGUUAUCAAGAAAGCCCACUCCUCGUGUCCGCUGUUUUCUGGGCAUUUGGAAUUGUAUUCAAGUUGCUUCCUUCGUUAAUCCUCUCGAUCUUACUCAUUGCUCUUAUAAGAUCUUUGAAAAGUGUGGAGAGGCGACGCAAGAAUUGGAAGCGUACACAAGGAGCGAACAUCUGUACUAAUUCGGAGCGAAAAGCAAAACGAAAGUUAACAACACGUCCACGUACCACUCGAAUGCUCGUCAUCAUUCUACUCCUAUGUGUAAUGGUGGAGCUCCCGAUGGGUAUUCUCAACUUGUGCGUUGCGAUCUACGGUGAAGAAUUUGGUAAUCGCUAUUACGAUCCCGUGGGAAAUCUCAUGGAAAUGCUGACUCUACUAUACAGCUCAGUCAGCUUUGUGCUGUACUGCACAAUGUCUAAUGAGUAUCUCUCAACGUUCCGUGCCCUCUUCUUCCCAUGGGCCCGAAAGAACAGUCUACGAGGCCCCAGACGAAGUUGGAAGAAUCGUCAUGAAGAAGCGUCAAAGUCCCCACGAACUUUCCUCAUCAACGGAACCGCGCCAAGCUCCUACGUCGGGUCGUAA